UACACCUAGUUAUAAAUUAAUCGUCCUAAACAUGAUCUAUUUGCUUCAGUUAUUCGUUUUGUUUUGCUUUUUGAACAAAUCGGAAAUGGCGAUUAACUGUCUCUGGAAAUGGCAAAUCAUGACAAUGUAGAUUCGUUGAUUCGAUUCUAAUCAAGCAACAUGAAAUCUUGGAUAUUUUGCUGCUGAUGCGAACCUAGCUAUAGUAGCGUAGGUCGGUGUUGUAUACCAAAUAGCUACUCCAGUACCAAAUAAUGAAAAAUGUAGACUAGAGGUAUUCUACUUUUCUGCAAAAAUCAAGCGAGAGAGAAAACAGGAAUUUGCAAAACACCAAAUUAUUCUACUCCAGACAUGCUAUUGCGGUCUAGACUACCUGUCGCAGUAUGGUCUGCUCGCACGAGCACCCUUUCACUGUAGCAAUUUUAGUGAGAUCCUCUUGGCUCUUUGGUGCUCACUCCAUAAGUACACAUGGAACAAUGGGUGAUAACUUUGUCUUCCAACAGUACAGCCGGUCACUUCCCAUGGCUUCCAAAUUCCUAUAGCCGGGGAAGCCAGUACUAAAAGUGUACUAUGGAGUACUAUUUUACUGUAGCAUUCUUUUCACCAAGCUCUUUGUGUGGUUUUUGGAUUUCACUGUUCGCAUUUGUGGCGUCAAAAGCUGUCGAGAGAUGUCAUGUUGGGAACCCUUUAAGUAACUGGAGGCUAAGCGGUAAUCACAGUCUUUCCCCCUUCCAUUGGCCUUCCAAUUUUCAAUCCCUGGAUUUUGCCGCUUGCUACCGUAUGGUGGUACGUACUAGCUGAAAUAAAUCUGUCUACUACCAUGGAUCUAGCCAGAGCUACCGUACGGUAGCUGUAUUGCUGUGGCCUCACGUGGGAUACCCCAGAGAAAGAAGUUCCGGUUGUGGUAGGUUGCUACGAGACCAAAGAUAGCUGCGCACUUGACAGCCUUCUCUCUUGCACUCUCUCCCAAUUUAGAUCCUGCAUACACCAAGAAUCCUCUCCUCACUUUACCCUCAUUAUCCUCAUCAUCUUCAUUAUCCAAAGCAACAGCAUCAUGUGUGUUACCAAACAAUUCCAGACUCUCCAGACCAUGUCCUUCGGCAACCUGUCCUCGUUCCAACCCGUGCCACCGGUCGGCAACAAUGCUGCAGCCCUUUCAAGCGCUGCCGUCAAUAUCAUUGUGGCGCCCCGCCAAUUCGAUGUUCUUUGUGGUAAAUCCAAAAGAUGUGUUGACCAUGACGGAUCUCGCCGAUUUCGCACUGUCAUUGAAUGCCACAGAGACAGAUAUGAACAAGCCCUAACAAAGUUCGACAAGACCAGUGUCACCCGAAAUAUCUUUGAUUCCAUGAGUCAAGCUGGCUCUCGAUUCCUCAAGCACAACGAAGACUUGGAUGUCUGGGAAGAGAUUUCUCCCAUGGCAGCUCGCGACAAGAUCGGCCAUGCCUUGAGGUUUGCCAACAGAGUUGCUCGCCGAAGGCGUACAAAGGGUGGGGCUUCAGCUCUUGCCAAGGAGGAUUCCAAGCCAGCAGCAACCACCACCAGUCAACCUCUGGUCUCGGGUGCUCAGGGACAGCUUCCCCAGUUGCCUGCUCAGAUGGGGCAGCUCCCAGUCCAACCACUGUCUGCUUCGCCAGCAUCUUACCUUGGCCAGUCUCAACAGCCAGCCAUUCUCUCUUCCAGCUUUGCUCCCCUAAGUCGCAGCUCAGCAGACACUGAAGAACCCAGUCAGCAGCAGCACCUCCCCAAGAUGCUUCUCACCAUGAACGGGCCGGUGACUAUAUCCUCCUCGGCGUCUAUUCUUCCUUCCAGCUUUGCACAACUGAACCGGGACACUGCUCAUCAAACAACUUGCGAGCAACCUUCUUCAACGGCCACAAAGUUUGCCCUCCCUGCUGCUUCAUUGGUUGCUGUUCCUACCCAGCUAGCCAUGCAUCAUCUGCCAUCCAUCUUUUGCCCCAUGAAAAACACUGAGCAGCAGCAGAGGCACAUCACGAUUGCUCAGGUGCAGGAACCCACCAAGGCCCUUGAAAAGUUCUCCCUUCCCUCCUCUCCCGUCACGACUCUCAACGAGUCUCUGUUCCUUCAGAAUGAUAGCUUCUUGGCUAGUGCGAACAACAAGAACACUGGACCAGACCAGGGUUUUCCUGUGCUAGAAGGUGACGACAUGCCGUUUGAUUGGGACUUUGAUGCCGAGAUCCUUUCGGUACUCCUCUAAAGUCAAGAAUUGGCAGUUUUACUUCAGUAUCAUCGCAGGAGGGGACAUUCAUUCUCGGAUAGACUUUGCUUGAUAGAACCUUACAUAUAUAGCUACAUACUACCUGAAACUACUAUACUAACUACUACCUGCAUGCUUGCUUGCAGCAUACUAGUAGAGCUACUAGGUAGAUCCCUCUUUCGACUUUUCACUGCUCUGUAG